AUGUCAACUGAUAUCAAUAUUGCCCAGGCAACAAAAGACCAGGGGAAAGAUAUCGUGAUUUUCUAUGGUACACAGUCCGGUACAUCAUACGAGCUGGCCAGACAUCUCAGUCGGUCGAUCUUUCAGCUGUUCUCCAAGGCGACCAUUGUUGCGGAUCUGUCAGACUAUGACUACGACAGCCUCUCAGAGCUUCCUCCCAAUGUGAUUGUGCUGUUUAUCCUAUCAACCUAUGGUGAAGGAGAUCCGCCGGACAAUGCCAUCAGAUUUGACGAGUGGUUAGACAAAGGACUGCGACAGCAUCCAUCGGGCUAUCUGUCCCACCUGCACUAUGCAGUCCUCGGAUUGGGCAACUCAAAUUAUAAGCACUAUAACCAAUUUUCAAGGAAGGUUCAAAAGGAACUUGAGGCUGCUGGAGGUUGCCCGAUCCUUGAUCUUACAUUGGCGGAUGACUCAAGUGGAUUCACACGCGGCGAUUACUCUGAAUGGUCCAGGCAGCUCAUCAACGUGAUGGUUGAGCAAUGCAAUAUCCCCGAACGACCGAGACCAUACGAGCCUGUGUUUGAGAUUGAACCCUGUGACUCCCCGGGUGACUAUCGGGCAAUGUCUCGACCGAUUCAUUCGCCAAGUGGAUCGGAACAGAUACAGUCCCAAUCAGCCAUCUACUCCGCCAACAUUGCAUCGAUUACCAAUCUUACCCCACAUGCACAACAGACGACACUACACAUCGAAAUCGAUACCAGCCGUUUACCAAGAGGCAAGUACAACGUCGGUGAGCACCUCUUGAUAUGGCCGGAGAAUAGCACCCAAGAGAUCCAACGCCUCAGUCAGAUUCUCGGAAUCGACAGCAAGGAGAUGCACCAACCGCUGCAAAUCCGGCGUAAAGACCGCGAAACGAAGUCCCCCUGGCCACAGCAGGUCACGAUUCAUACUCUAUUCAAGCACCAUCUGGACAUUGCUGGUCUUGCAUCCAACGAUCUUAUACUCUCGUUGAAAGAAUUUGCGCCAGAUGAGAAAUCUCGGGCUGUCUUGGACCAAAUGGCGGCUGACUAUCGACAUCUGUCCGCGACUUGUGCUCUCAGCUUGGCAUCCGUACUCACUAGAGCAUCUGGAUCGUCGCAGGUGUGGACGAUUCCCUUUCCAUUUCUCUUGGAGAAUCUGAGCGCACUCAAGCCCCGAAUUUACUCGAUUGCGUCUAGUCCUGCUAUUAGUCCACGGCAGAUUUCUCUGACAGUGGCAGUGAAAGAACUCAAUCCUGGAACUGCACAAUCUGCACUGGGUCUGGCCUCAGCAUUCUUCCUCGGUGCUCGACAUUCACUCACCCCGGAUAUCCAGGGGACUGAAGGCCGACUGGGUACGAGCGUGUGGUGCAGCCUGCGGAAAUCCAAAUUCAAGCCUCCGGCUUCCACCAUGCACCCUAUCAUCAUGGUGGCGAACGGAUCCGGCAUUGCACCGUUCAUCGGAUUUCUGAAGCACCGUCUACGCAAGCUUGGGAUCGAGGGAGGAGUCGGGAAGAUGGUCCUGAUUUAUGGCUGCCGGGAUGGAGCCUCCCAUCUGUAUAAGGAUGAGCUUUACGGGAUGCAGGAUGCUUUCAAUGGCCAGCUUGGACUGGUUACCGCGUACUCGCGACAGGGGGAAGGCUAUGUACAAGACCACGUAAGGUCCCGUGCGGAGGAGCUCCAGGGCCUACUCUGUGGUGAGAAGGCCAAUGUGUAUAUCUGUGGGUCGGUCCGUAUGUCCAGUGCUGUGCGGGAGGAGCUGCUCCGCAUCAUUCAGAGGAAAGAAGGCUGGACCGAUGCUGAGACGCGGGACUUUGAAGGUGCUCAGAUACGGAUGCGGAAAUGGCAACUUGAUGUGUGGGGGUAA